AUUCAAAUCAAAAUACUGUGGACGCGCAUCGGCUCGUGGACGCGCACGUUCGGUUCGCAUAAUUUAAUCGGGAACGAGUACGUGCGCGCACACGUGUUCUUUGUGUGGCAGCGUAGAGAAGCGCCAAAAGAGUGACCAUGGCAGAUGAAAAACCAAAGGAGGGAGUCAAGACAGAAAACAACGAACACAUAAACCUGAAGGUGGCGGGUCAGGAUGGAUCAGUUGUGCAGUUUAAGAUCAAAAGACACACUCCGCUCAUCAAGCUCAUGAAAGCCUACUGCGAGAGACAGGGACUUCAAAUGAGACAAAUCAGGUUCAGAUUCGAUGGACAGCCCAUAAACGAGACAGACACGCCAUCACAGUUGGAAAUGGAAGAUGAAGACACAAUUGAUGUGUUUCAGCAACAGACGGGAGGCCUGAUUUAAUCGACCUCGUGCAUCACACUUCACAGCAAACCUUCCCCCGUCAGUCACUCAGCAGCUGCGUCCGUUGCAACUCGCCCUGAUGUCUCAACAGAACUUCAUGUAGAAGAAGUUUUCACUUCUCUGCUACACACAACUGCUGUAUAUUAUCUUCAUCCUUGCCCUUGAUCCUUUUCUGUUUUUUUGUACAUAAACAACAUCCAUACCCCCCCCCCCCCCCCCCCUCCCCCCGCAUACAUUCAGGUUUUGUGUUUUUAUGCUGAAUGAAUUGUGUUGAAUUUUAAUGACUUAGCUUUCCCCGAUUUGUAGAGCUUUUUCUACGGUUGUAGACAGAAAGGAGGACGACUGUCGGAGGGAGAAUUAAUAAAACUGACAUCACUGAUCAAAUGUCAUUGGGCUACGCUCGUUCAAUGUCCAGCAAAUCUAUUCUUAAAGUGUACUAUUUUGGGACUGGCCAUCACUUUUGUGAGCGCUAUACCCAGUUAGGGAAUGGGUCUAGAUUGUCAUUUGUCUGUCAAAGUUAUUUGAUUUUAUACAUUUUUAUAUAGUAAUGGAUGUGUAGGGAAAUGUUUUGAAUAAUCUUUUGACGAGGCAGAGCUUCAAAAUUUUUUGGGAAGCCGAGAUGUCGAGAUGUUCCAGUCAAAUAAACAUCUGUAUUAUCUAUUGAGAUGCCUGUUAAAAAUAAAGCUAUUGUCUUUUUCCAAACUUC